AUGUCGUUGGCAGCAGUAUACGAUACGGUGCGCUCCGCCUGGAUUGAGGGCCGACUGGAGAACGUUCUUCAGAGGAAGAAAGAGCUCGCUGGCUUGCAUGCCGCAUUGAGAGACCAUGAAUCGAGAUUAAUUGCGGCCUUUUCACAAGAUCUUGACAUUAGCGAAACCGCUGCGUCCCUAGAAAUCAGUGUCUGCCUGGCUGCGGUUGACAAGCUAUACCAUGGACUGGACUUUGCUGCCGUCCUCGCGCAGGAGAAGCUGAUUCAGGCUGGCCAGUCAUCUCCCAUAAAUCCAGUGGCACUUGGACCUGUCCUAAUCCAGGCCGCAUUGCCCUGCCCGCUUUCGUCCACGAUCUUUCCAUUAGCUGCCGCAGUCGCUGCGGGCAGCUGUUGUCUGGUGCAGCUGUGCCACGCAUCACCCACGAUAAACGAAGCUCUUUCCGCCAUCAUUCGAACUAGUCUGGACCAAGAAGCGGCGGCUAUAGUCGACGGUUCCAUCUCUCCCGCAGCCUUGACCGAAAUCCGCUGCGAAGCAGCGGUGCUACAAGACCCGGAAGCCAUGGAUGAUUUUGCCAGCGCUCUGCGACAAAGCAAUUCAACUGUGCGAAUCUACACCCCAGUGACUGGGCUCCCUGCGGUGUUUGUAGAUCGUAGCGCUCCAGAUCUGAACACGGUUGCCACCUGGUUACAACAGUCGAUUCUUAAGGUCCCGCGCCGGCAUGUUGGACGCACACCUCGACUGUGUUUUGUCGACGAGUUCGUCCUGGAGAGACUGGUGUCUCUGUUGCAGCAGCUCUCGGGUCCGGUGGAGAAUAAUCAGCCCGUACCAGAGCCAUCCGUCACCAAAGUGCUAGCUGAUCUGUUGACAUCCUCUUUUCCUUCGCUGAAACAACAGGAUCUAUGGGCUACCGCGAACACUCUAUCGCCUCUGAUAGCGCUGCAAUUGACUGAUUCAAAUACCCCGGAGUCUAUCGGCAAAGUUGCUACGGAAGUCACCAAGUCUUACUCUGGGAUCCUCUUUGUUUCCGUCUCCAGUCUUGACCAUGCGAUCGACCUAUGGAACAAAGUGCUCGACGGAAAGUCUGCCUCGGCGACCUACGUCUUUGGCGAAGGGAAAGAGACCGCGUAUCUCGCCCAGUUCCUCAACACCGAGAAUUGUUUCAUCAACCACAUUCCACCCGAGUCGUUCGUCAUGAUGGCGCCCAGUUCCGGACAUGACACCUACGGGCUGCCAUUCUCGCCAGCCAAUUUCUCGCGCAACAAAGCCAUCCACCAAUGGUCCAACCGGGUCGGACGUUCCUCUACAAACCGCCGUCUCGACUUGAAGGCUAUUGCACAGCCCAUCGGUGGUAGACUGUCCUAUUUCGAGCAGGGUCUCAUUGUGGGGUUGGCUACGGCGGCCUUCGCGCUCCUUGGGAGUGGGAUUGCUGCUUUCAAGGCUUGGAAAUAUUUGUCUUAA